AUGGCGGGUGAAUCCGUGUUGGCUUGGCUCAGGCCGUUCCUGUUGGCCGGGAAGAUGCUGGGGCUUUUUCCGCUGAAGAAUGUGCAUGGUGUGGGGCGGGAGGGGGGGGAUGCGUUGAGGUUCAAGGCGUGGAGCACGACGGUGGUGUAUAGCGUGGUGUUUCUGCCGUGCAUGCUGGCGUGUACGUAUCCGAUGAUACUGAAGCAGGGGUAUAUGGGGGUGUCGGGGUCGUUGGCGGACGACAUCGCGACGAAGUGCCAGGUCGGGAUGGUGAUCGUGCUCUUCUUUGCGACGUACGUCGGGACGUGGAUGAACGUGAGGAGGUAUCCGGCGUUCCUGGAUCGCGUGAGGCGGAUGGAGGAGCGGUUGGAGCUGGAUGAGAGGGAGGAGAGGCCGUUCAAGAGGGUCGGCGUCUUCAUGCUCGCGUCGUAUGCGAUUCUCUUCCUGAAUGUCGCCCUGGCGUCCUGUCUGGACGUAUUCGUCCAAGGCAGCAAGAUCGAAAAUAGGGUCAUGUACUUGACGGGAGCCUUCUUCUACUACGUCCUUUACGUGGCUUCCCUCACCCCCGAGCUGAUCUUCGUCUACUCGUGCCACGUCCUACGAAUCUACGGCGUCCGCGUGCUCGAGGACCUGUCCGACAGACUCAAAUCGCACGUGGCCGCGAAGCGAGACGUCCCCGUUUCCCUCGCGUCCACCGCCAAGAAGAAGAUCUGGACGAUCGCCGACCCUGCCCUCGACGCCGACAUCCAGAGCGGCGUGGACGAAUCGCGCGACCUCUACCUGGAGGUCUCGUCGCUCGCCGACACCCUCAGCGGCCUCCACAGUCCGGGUCUCCUCCUCAGCUUCCUCUGCAACUCGGUGAUGGCGACGGUCAUGCUCUAUCACGGGGCUUCUGCCAUCCUCCAGAGGCAGUGGGUCGGCUGCCUCCGCGGGUUCAGCUGUGGGCUCGUGUCGCUCUUUCGCAUGGGGCACGUCGCGGUGGCCGCCGGGAACGUCUUUUCGCAGGUACGAUCUGUCUUUCUCAUUCGGGUUCGACGAGGGAAACGAGAGGACGAGACGCAGGCGAAGCUGAAGGAGAUCUCCACGACCAGCAGCAUCCACCUGUCCGACCGCCUUUCCCAGCAGGUACAUCCUCGCGCCCUGCGAGCCGCAUCUCAGUCCUCUCCCAGCAGCGGACUGAGUGACAUGUCUUUCCUUCCAUCCGUCUUUUCUCUCUCGGCGCAGAUGAUCUUGUUCGAGUUGCAGAUGUCUUCCCAUCCGGUGAAGCUCACGGCUUCCGACUAUUUCACGCUCGGCAAGGGAGUCAUGACUUCCGGAGUUUUCUCCCUGGGCAACGACGAGACGGGCGGCCCGCGUUUCAGAUACUGCAGUUGGGCGUUCGUCUAUGGCCUCGCCUGCGUCCCCGUCGUGAUCGCUCUCCCCACGGUCACCGUGGCGAUCCUCGUCAUCCUCUGCUUCCCCUAUUCCGUCGAGGCGGUUGAACGUCUCAACGGCACCGCGGAGGGGAGGGGAGGGUUGGACGACAUCAUCCCGUCGUCGGGAUCCUCCACAGCGAGUCUCCUGGCCGAAAGGAUCUCGGCGGUUCAGUGGAUUUUCGUCCUCCUCACGGCCUAUCUCAUCAACAUCUUCAAAGGGCGACAGCUGGCGAAGUUGUUGCGCCUCGUCCAGAACGUCGAGGAGGAUAUCGGCCUCGAGGCGGAAGACUUGCGGCAGCUUCGCCGUCAUGGAUAUCUUCUUCCUCUCGUCUACGUCUGGACUGGCCUCUGGUGCAUCCUCCUCGUUUUUCGCUCCGAGAUCAUGCCUUCCUGGUGCGAGGGAGCUUGUGAAACCGUGGGAGAUAUUUCUUAUUUCGUCACGUAUUGGGUUCUCGGGUGUCUCCCGAUGACUGCCGACAUCAUGUUCGUGUACUUGUGCAAAUGCCUCGAGCUGAUUUCCGUCAGGAAUCUUGUGCAUCUCAAAGGCGUCCUUCGGGAAACGAAAGCCGAGAAAGUGUCGGCGAUUCACAUCCUUUCCAAAACGUAUUGCAACGAAAUCGACGUUAGAAUGGAGAUCGAGAAGAGACGAGGAAAGUACUUCGAGAUCUGCGAGCUGGCGGCCUACUUGAGUCGCGUGUUCCACCCGACGAUCCUGCUUCGAAUCGCCUACGGCAUCGUGCUGAUCACCACCAAGAUCUACUUGACGGUGGACGGCUUGGAGAGGCAGAACCUGGAAGUCAUGCUGAACAGCGCGUCCACCGUCGCGGGUCUCGCCUUCCUCCUCGUCUUCGUGGCCAGGGCCGGUGGACGGGUCGGGACGGAGACGGAAGACACACUGAUGCAGAUCUCGAAGGAGUGCAGCAUGGACCUCCCCCCACGGAUAUCCCAGCAGAUGAUGCAAUUCCAAAUGCAGGUUUCACUCCACCCCAUCGGAGUGAGUUCAUCAAACUAUUUCCAGAUCAACAAGCCCCUCCUAACUGCCGUGUUUGGGACCAUCUUCACCUACCUGGUGGUGCUUCUUCAGUUUCACAUCGAGGAGGUCAUGGGCAGCAAUUGA